AGACAGUAGACACCGUAGACAGUGUAUGCUGUAUGAGAUCUCAGCAGCAACAAGGAGCUUUGGUCCAGUUCGUCGCGCUUUCCUUCAUCCAGCUGUGACGCAUCGUCCUGCCUCGCCGGUCAGCUGCAUGGGGGACGCUCCAGCGGCCUCAGCGGCCUCAGCCGAGAGAUCUCGCCUCCCUCCGUGGAACCCGCCAUCUCGUGAAGGCAAGUUCGUCACAGGCCUGCACAUGAGCAACAGCCUCACCGGGCAGAAAACCGAGUUCAUUCCCCACAGCGGCCGCACCGUCAAGUGGUACGGCUGCGGCCCGACCGUCUACGACGCCGCGCACCUUGGCCACGCGCGGACCUACGUUGGCUUCGACAUCCUGCGGCGCAUUAUGGGUGAGUACUUCGGCUAUGACGUUAAGAUGGUCAUGAAUAUCACCGACAUCGACGACAAGAUCAUCAAGCGGAGCCAGGAGGGCGGGGGCGACUUCAGGGAGCUGGCGCGGCACUGGGAGGCGGAGUUCUGGAGUGACAUGGCGGCCUUGAACGUGAUGGCGCCGGACGUCAUCACCAGGGUGUCUGAGUAUGUGGACGAGGUGGUGGGGUUCAUCCAGAAGAUCAUCGACAACAAAUACGCCUACGAGUCCAGCGGGUCCGUCUACUUCGAUGUGGCGGUGAGUGAGCUGACCAGACAGACCACAGCCUGCAGGGCAGCGAAGAAGCAACCGACCGGCCGACCACCACACAUUCUCUGCUGUGCUGUUGUCUGUGUGUGUGUGCAGGCCUUCAAGAGCAGCGGUCAGCACGUGUACGGGCGCAUGGAGCCCUGGUCGAUCAACGACCAGAACAGGUGUGUGCAGAGGGAGGGAGGGAGGGAGGGAGGCAGGGAUGCCGCGUGCGUGACUGUGUGUCUGUUUGUGCCGGCCGGCCACACAGGGUGCUUGAGGGGGAGGGCGAGUUGGGUUUCGUCAGCCACAAGCGCAACCCCUUCGACUUUGCCCUCUGGAAGAAGGCAAAACCUGGCGAGCCCUCCUGGCCAUCACCAUGGGGCGAGGGGCGGCCCGGUCUGUCACCACACCACCACCACAGACACACAGACAGACACACACACAGACAGACAGACAGACAGAUAUGUGUUGUUGUGUGGUGUUUUGUGUGUCAUCAGGUUGGCACAUAGAGUGCUCUGCGAUGGCAAGUGAGAUUCUUGGUUUCCCGAUCGACAUCCACAGUGGCGGCAUCGACCUGCGCUUCCCGCACCACGACAACGAGCUGGCGCAGUCCGAGGCUUGCUUCGACAAGCCACAAUGGGUACGUGUGGUGCACUGCAUAGAAAUAAGCAGGCCAGGCAGGUGUGGGUUGUGUGUGCUGUGUAGGUCAAUUACUUUCUGCACACGGGUCACCUGAACAUCAAUCACCAGAAGAUGAGCAAGAGCCUCAAGAACUUCACCACCAUUAAGCAGGCCCUCGAUGACCCCCUCAUCCGCCCAAGACAUAUCCGCAUCCUUUGCCUCAUCAAUAGGUAGGUGAUGCACCGCACCCACCCAACACACACAGACACCACACCACACACAGAGACAGAUGGCCUCCCUCUCUCCCUCCCUCCCUCCCUCCCUCCCUCUGUGUGUGUGUCUGUGUAGAUGGGACAGUGAGAUGAACUUCACGCCCGGUGUGGAGGGCAUGCGUCAGGCGAUCGACAUCGACACCAAGUUCAUGAAGUUCUUCGGCUUCGUCAAUAACUUCAUGCGCAAGACCUCCCUCAAGGACGAGCAGAAGUGGCGGCCGCAGGAGCAGAAACUCGCCGACGCCAUCGACCAGAGGAUCAACGACGUGAGCAGACAGAGAGAAUGGAGGGCUGGAUGGAUAAUGGGUUGGUUGUGACUGUGGGUGUGGGUGUGUUAUGUUCUCAUGUUGGUCAGGUGCACAUGGCUCUGUGUGACAACUUCAACACACCACAGGCGAUGCUCGCGUUGCAGGUGCGUACGCGCAUCAGAUCAGCUCAGAGAGGCGACAAGCAUGCGUGUGGAUGUGGAUGUGUGUGUCGUGUGUCGUGUGUGGUGGGUGUCUGUAUGGUGCGUGCAGUCGAUCAUGUCGGAGGUCAACACGUACAUCAACGAAACCAGCGAGGGUCACAUCCGCAUUCCCCUCGUCCAAAAGGCAGCCACAUUCGCCUUCAAAAUGAUGAAGGUCCGUUCAGCCUCCUGAGCGCCUGGCUGCCCCACUCACUGGGUAUCACCUCUCUCUCUCUCUCUCUGUGUGUGUGUGUGUGCAGGUGUUCGGUGUGGUUGUGGGUGACGUCGAGGAGCUCAACUAUGACGGCGGCGAGGCGGCCGACGACCAGAAGGCCAUCGAGCCCAUCGUCGACUGCCUCGCCAACUUCAGACGACACGUACACACAUCCACACAUCCAUCCAUCUUGCGUGUUGAUCCAUCCAUCCAACAGACGCGCCUGAGUGCCCAGAAGAUCCUCAAGGCCGCAUCAUCGGCCCACAAUGGUGUCCCACCACCAGCAGCAGCAGCAGCAGCAGGAGUCUCCGACACAGAUGGGUCGGUCAAGGAUCUGGCCAAGGGGAUUCUGUGCCAGUGCGACAGCCUGCGUGACGAGGAGCUGCCGAACCUUGGCAUUCAGCUGGAGGACAGGCCCGAUGGCUACAUCUGGAACAAAGUCUCCAAGUGAGUGGAUGGGUGGCUUUGGCUGCACGGCACAUGUAGCUCUCUGUUUAUGUCUGUCUAUGUGUGUGUGUGUCUGUGUGUGUAUGUGUGUGUGUGUGCAUCAAUCAAUCGACCAGGGAGCAGCUGCUGGCGGAGCGGCAGAGGAAGCAGGAAGAGGAGGACCAGAAGCGAAAACAAAAAGAGGAAGCCGCACGGCAGCUGGUACGCACCAGCCAGCCUCCACACACACACACACACUCCCUCAGCCACCACUCACUCACUGUGUGUGUCCCGCCCGCAUCAACCACAGGCCCAGCAGCGUGCCAAGAAGGAGGCCGAGGCGCGUGUGCCGACCGAGCAGUACUACUCCACCUUCAAGGCUGACGAGUUCAGCGAGUUCGAUGGCGAGGGGCUGCCCACGCUCGACGCCAAGGGAGAGCCCGUGUCCAAGUCGCAGAGGGACAAGAUGCGCAAGGUACACACGCAUAAAUAGCAGAAGACAGACACAGAGAGGGGGGCAGGGGGGCAGGGAGGGAUGGGAUGGAAUGCAAUGCAUUGGAUGCACCAUCCAUCCAUCCAUCGCCCAUUGUGUUGUGUUGUGUGUUGUGUGUUGUGUCUUAUCCAUUGUUGUCAGUUUUUGGUCAAGCAUAAGAAGGCGCACGAGGAGUGGCUCAAGAGCAGCGGUGGGGGCGGCGGGGCCGCAUCUGCGGCUGCAGCGGCAUCGGCCAACGGUAAUGCGCCAGGGCCGGCGUCCUCGGCAUCGGCCGGCUCAUGAAGGGAAAUAGACAGACCACCAUAUCGGCUGCUCUGCUCUGGUGGUGGUGGUGGUGCGGUGUGUCCGUGGGGCGCCUUAUCUAUCAUGGUACGUGUGUGUGUUGGUGGCCUGCCUGCCUGCCUGCCUCUGCGAUCAGUCAUCUCAUCGGUCGGUAGACAGACAGGCUGAGAGAGAGGGCAAGGAAUUAAGCCAGCUGUCUAUUGCGUGCAGCUGAUUGAGCGUGUGGGUACCCCUGUGUGUGGUGCUGUGCCUUGUAUGGUGAUGAUGGAUGGACGUAUGGACCAAACAAACUCGUGUCUGUCUGUCUGUCUGUCUCAAGUAUGUUGAUGGAUCG